CCUAAUUGUUGUGAUAAACUUAUUAAAUAGUUUGAAAUGAUAGUUAGUUUCUGAACUGAGCAAUGAUGUCCUCAGUGCGAGCAGGAUCUUCAACAAUGACUACGAGUUUCCCAAGUGGGAAUAAAAGAAUGAUGCAGUCGAAACAAAAUGUGAACACGGGUCCAACUUGGGAAGAAUUACGUAAAGAAGCCAGGACUCUGGAAAAUGAGAUCGACUAUAAAUUGAUUACAUUUUCGAAAGUGGCAGCAUCUCUGAAGGAUAAUGAUGGGUUUUCAUUUUCGGGUGACAAGGAACCGUUGAUGAGUGCGUCGAGUAAAAGUGAGAACUUUGAAAAUAUGUCAGCCGACUUAGAUAAUCUGCUGAGACGACUCUCAGAUGUCAACCAGCAAAUGGCAGGUUGUGUGAAUACUUCAGGUGGGGGCUUCAACCACACUUUGCAAAGACACCGUGAGAUACUGCAGGAUUACAAUGCGGACUUCAAUAAGACCAAAAAUAAUAUAGUGUCCAUGCGACAGCGGCAAGAGUUACUCGGAAGCGUAGAGCGAGAUCUGCAGUCCUAUAGGAAUGGUGGUGGCAGUCUGAAUCGAAGAAGUGAGAUGUUGAACAAGGAACAAGAGCACGCGAGGAAUGCGGACAGAGUGACUGAUGAAAUCAUAAACAUGGCAUCUGCCACCCGGGACACUCUGUUUCAGCAGAGAGGCACUUUCAAGAAAGUGCAGAGCCAGCUGAACGAGAUGGCCCGAAAGUAUCCGGCCAUAAACAACCUCCUGAUCAAAAUAAACAUCCGAAAACGAAGAGACUCAAUUAUCAUCGGUGCUGUUAUAUCACUCUGUAUUAUAUUCUUAAUUUGGUAUGCUAUCAGAUAAAUUGACGCUUUUUGAAACUUAAAUUUUACUGUAAAAGCAAUUGUUCCGAUUUUGUUUGGGAGACAUCGUUUGAUUUCUGUCAAGAAUUUCAAUAAAAGUAAAUUAGGACAAGGUAUAAUAAGGAUGAACCAAUCACAUUAGAUUUAUGAGUACUUUCUUUUAUUUCAGUAUUUAAGGAUUUAAAGCAAUUUAUGGAAACAUUUAUGGUGUUUACCUGAGUAGAUGAAUUUAUAUAUUGUUGACA